AUGAGUGAUCCAUCGAAAUUCUUAUCAGGUAUCAGGGGCGAGCGUGUUGUUGUGAAGUUGCAUUCAGGAAUAGAAUAUAAAGGCCGUUUGCAAAGCAUUGACAGCUUCAUGAACAUUGUGUUGCACGAUUCAAGCGAACAUAUCAACAAUAAUUUGACUCAUAAAUAUAACGACAUGUUCAUUAGAGGUAAUAAUGUCUUAUACAUAAGUGCUGAUUGA